AUGGAUGUUGCCCACGGAGACAACAACGAUGCCGGGGCGGUACAGAAGCUUCCAACAAAUCCACCAACCUCGGAUAAGGCCAUCAAUCCCACAUGUGAGAAGGAGGAUCUUCCGCGCGGGCUGAGCAGAUGGAGUAACCUGCGACAAGGACAGUGGAGAAGUGGCUUGCAGAUGGCGACGACAGAGGUUCAGCUGGCAAAGGGGCGCAGUGCCGUCUGA